GCCAUUCGGUUUGUGUCGCGCACGCGCUCUAAGCGCCGACCAGAACAGGUGAUGUUACGUACCUGUGGUGAUGUCUCACGAUCAUCGUCAUCGUGCGUAUCGGAUCGCCGCGCACGAUCUGCUUAGACAACGCGACAUUCGACUGUGAUAAUUGCUGAGCCUUCGUCGCGUCCGUGCGAUCGCGAACACUGCAAACACGCCGUAAUGACUUCCGCGAUGACGGACUCGAGAUAAAAUCGUGCGGAAGUCGGGCGCUCCCGAGAACACAGGAGGCACAGAGGAGAAUCAUGGCUUUUCCACCCUUAGUCAGUUCUACCCCACCACCGUUGGAUAACUUUGGGGAGUCUGAUGAAGAUGAAUUUGGAGACUUUACAGCUGGUGGAAUAGAUGGUUUAUCAAUUUCAUCCGAGUCUCCGCAGAAAGUUAUUACUCCGAUACAAACACCAAUAGCGUCGCAGAAUGUAUCUCCUAGAAUAAACGGUAUUAAUAAGUCAUCAGUAUUGGACAGUUGCCCUAAGAUAAGCGAAGCCUUAAAAUGCGGCGUGAUCGACGAGCUAUUGAUCGUCGAGAAGACGACGGACAGUGUAAGCCACAUAAAACUGAAGGACGAUAGUAGCAUAUUGGAGAACAAUUUCGACGAAGCUAGCGUAACAGACCACAAUGCGUUAGAUUUAUCUAGGAAUUGCUGCGAAUCGUUUAACAUUGGCAAUAGCGUUGAUCACGUUUGUACUCAGAAUGUUUUAGCUAAGGAAAAUUUUGUUGAUACAGAUGUAAUUAGUAGUAACAACAGUAGUUUAGCCGAUAGCGUAAAGACGGUCAGCGAGCAAGAGAUAUCGUCGAACGGUCUGGAGGCGAACGAUGAGGCGGAACCCGCGAGUCUAGAUCUGGAGGAUCCCGCGAGCACGCCGGACAUUCUGCAGCAGCUGGACGACGAUUUUUACAAUUACGAACAGUUCAAAGAUACCACCGAGUGGAACAAUGAUGGCACUUGUGAUAAAAAGGCGGAUAUAAUUAUGACGGAUUACUUGAACGAUAACAAGCCUAAUUCCGUGGACGCGGAAUAUAACGUGAUGUCGUAUAGAGACAAAGACGACAUCAACGACGAGUCCGCCUUCAUCCGCGACGAAGAGACGAUUUCUAGUUUCGUCACCUCGCAAGAAUUCAAUCUGAGCGGCACGGAUGUCUACAAUCAGUCCGAUUGCGAAUACAGUAUUGCACCGAAGUACAUAGAAAUGUACGACGUGAUAUCCGAUAGCGAGACGAGCGCCAAGAAGUCGAACACCCUGCGCGAUUCGUUCGGCUUUGAUUUCACCUUCGACGACACGUCCGUCAAGGAGAAGUCAAAUCUGAAUUGCGCGUCUGUACACACGCCUAGCGAGGAUAUAAAGAACUCUAAUGUGAAAAGCGACGAAAGCACAUUUCCCGUUAGCUUUUGUGCCGAUGCAAACAAUGCCGUACAAUCAAAAGUGAGCGAAUAUGCAGAAACGGAGAAUCAAAUUGUUCAAAACGCGAAUGUAGAUAGAGCGAACGAAGAAGUUCCUGUACACAGCGACAAAGUGAUUGAGAAAGAGCGUGAACUGCGUAUCGUCGAAAACGGUCUCGAUAUGCACGAUUUCGAUAAUUCCGAUUUCACAGAGUUCAUGGAACACAGAAAUUUCGACCACGUGUCAGGAUUGACGAUUAGCUUCGAUCCCGCGUCCGGUGACUGCGAAACAGUACAAAUUCACAAUUCACACGCAUCUUUAACCGAAACGGCGCACGAAUUUUCACUGAACGAAGGUGCCUCACUGCCACCCAUUACUACCACCCUUGAUUGCGUAAGGGACAAGAUUAAUCUUACGAGUGAUGCGAGCGAAGAACGUGCCGCGUACAAGAGCGAUGGUUCCGUAGUGUAUUUCGACGAUGACGAGUUUUGUGAUUUUCAUUUGAAUAAGAGCGAUUCGGCAGCGAUCUCCAAUGUGCAGGAGAGUUGCGCCGGUUUUGAAAACACGGGGCUCGACGACGAUGAGUUUGGCGAUUUCGCCAAUUUCUCGAGCGCGACAACGGAAUGGAAGCCCGACGUUGGCGAGGAAUCGGAAGUGCCUGACGACAACGACGAUUUUGGAGACUUUAGCAAUUUCGAGACAUCCGCGAGUGUAGUAGAGGCACAGCAGUUUAGUUUGCGAGAGUCUAUAUGUCGGAUAGAAAACAAGAACGCCGCGAAUAAGAUAGAGGAUAUAAUAACAAGUAUGUUUCCCGAUGUUCCUGAAAUUCGCGAAGUCGAGUUAAAAUCUUUAAUAGACAAAUCGGACGGCGUUUGGCAGAGUGUGAAGAGCGUGGAAGAAACCAACGCUCUCACCUAUCAAUGGGCGAACAGUAGUAGUAACAACGUUCUGCUGAACGCUCUCGGCAUCGAUUCCAGAAACAUUCUGUUCGGGCCGAGGUGGAAUCCGAAUAUACCGAGAUUUGCCGCGAAUCUCGGUUUCACCCCGUUAGAGCCGAUUAAAGCCACCGAACCCUCGCAAUCCUCUGCAUCAUCGAGCGCUAAUAAGGCGCAAGGCGCAGCGUGUUCAGAUGAAGUACCUGCCGCCCAAUUUGAUUGGAAUAGUUCUGGCCUUGUUAAUCCUCUAGAUGGUAGUGGUGGUGGGUUAUCUGCUCUUCUACCUUUGGACUUGUUAUGUCCAUUUGAUCCUCUAUUAACACCUCACUGCUCUACACAUUCCGAAUCUUAUCAUCAGUCAGCUUGCUCAACGAACUCUGUUUAUUACUAUCCGGAGGCAGUUGCACAAGAACCAAAUUAUCAACAUGUAAAAUCGCAAUGUCUGGCCGACUUGUCCGACAAUUCGGCGAAGCAGCAAAAACAACCCCCAGCGUCCAAAAUAAUAGAACCGUUGCCGGGACCCUGCAUAUCGGAGUGGAAGAAAAAGAUCGAACAGGACUUUGAUGUUAAGCAAAAAAACAAUUUGUCGUAUAAUAAGUCGUUGAAAAGUGUUCCGCCGCUCAACAAUAAGUCAUUACCCGCGAGCAAUAACGUUACUAAGACGUACGAGUAUCACAGAAAGACGUCAGUAAGUAGGCGAGAGAACGCGCAGAGUGCGGAGAACGUGGUGAUGGAUCGAUACGGGCGAGCUAUGACCGUGCAGACAGAAACCAUGAAGGUUCUGAAUCAAUUGCCAGACCUCUCGUUCCUGAGCGCGAGAACUCUGUUGUUCAAUCGCGAGCAGCGGCAGAUCGUGCCGGAUCUGGGUGCUUUGAUAAAUCGGAAGAUGCCCGGCUGAGUAACAUCGGUCUGAAUGCGAGUUUGAAAGGGCAUAUACAGGAGUGAGGGAGAAAGUAAUCUCUUCUCUCUCGAAAAACUUGUUGCAAGUCGGACGUUUCCUAAAAUGACCCGUGCAAUCAAAAAAAAGAAAAAAAAAACAUACUUCUGCUACCUUUCAAACCUGUGUUCAGACCAACCUCUGGCCCAAUCCUAUUGGCUCUUCCACGUCGGAAAAAAAGAAUUACACGAGACACACUGUGUACGUGAAACCAACUUUACUAAUACAUUUCGCUUGUGGCACCGAGCACUUUGAAACAUUCCGAACCAUCGUCGUUUUUGUGAUCGCACCACUAAUGUUGUUAAUUUUCUUCUUUUUUUUUUAAGAGAUGUUCUUACUCUCCGUUGUGCAAUUCUAAUUUACUGUUACGUUCGAUCGUUUUUAGAAACUUAUAGCGCGCAGGUUUGUUCUGUUCGACGACCGCGUGGGUUUUGUUAGAGUAAUUUUUGCAUUCUUAAAACCCUAAGCAUUCACAUUCGGCUAUGUUCUAGUCUCUACAGUUUUUAAAACGGUAAGUUGUGUAUGUAUUAUAUAUGUGUAUACGUUACAUCCGUUCGGUGUACAUUUUCGGCGAUAAUUGCUGGCAAUCAGCUCCAAAGUAUUAUAUAUAUAUAUAUAUCCAUUCGUAUUGUAUAUUCGAAAUUUCAUCUGCACCGACGUUCCGGAACAUUCGGAAUGUUACGUGUGAUUAUCUCCGUACGACUUUCAUCUGCUGCAGAUUCAAGCAAAAUAUUCCUAAUCACACAUAGAAAAAAAAAACACACACACACUUAAUUGUUCAAGAUACAAAAAAAAAAUAAAACUAUCCACCUAAUCGUAAGUCAAUUAUCGUAGAUUGACGAUAGAAUUGAUAUCUGUAAUGAAACCGUCGAGUGAUAUAUCAAGUAAUAUCAAAUUCGCUUGAUGCUUUUAUUGCACGUUUUGAAUUUCUACUACGGAGCCUGUUGUACUUAAUUAUAAAUAUAUAUAUAUAUAUACAUAUAUAUAUAUAUAUAUAUAUAUAUAAAUCUUGGUAUUUGCAUAUUUGAUCAUUAGUGAGCAAAAACGAUAAAAGUGAAU